GUCUGCGUCGUCGCCGCCGCCGCUACACUAGCGCCCCUGCUGCCGGCGCUGCGCCGUCUGUGACGUCGACGCCGCCGCCGCCGUUCAAACUCGGUCGCCCCGGAGGGACCCGCAAAAAGCUCGGUGCGCGCUUCGAGUCGCAACCAUGGGGGGAGUUGCGUCCAAGGUGCUCGGCCGGGGAGCCAAGUCAACCGAGCCAGGUGCGCACAAUGCCCCUACCGACGCCGAUGGAGCUUCCAAGGAAGCGGGCCGCCCAGGAGAAGCGCCCCAUACGGCUGCUACCGAAGAAGCGAAGCACCACUCAAAGCAUGAAGCAGAUGCCCAUGGGAAAGAAUCCGAGCCUGCUGCUGCGACCAUCGAGGACGCCAAGCAUGCGGACCAGCAGCACUCGAAGAAGCCCCUCGAACAUGCCAAGGAGGACGCUAUGGGUGUGCUGGAAUCAGUGAAGAAGAGCGUCGGAGCCGCCAAGGAAAAGUUUUUCGAGAAGUCUUCCAAGGCCGAAUCAUCAGCUGAGGAGGCCGGUAAAGAAGCCGCCGAGGAGUCUAAGCAUAUGGCGCACGAAGCUAAAGAAGCGGCGAAACAUGCAGCGGCCGCUACCGAGAAGGAGGUGUCGGCGCACGUUCACCGGGCGCACAAGUCGGCGGAAGCGGCCGCUGACGCCGUGGAGAAGAAAGGCGAGGAAGCCGCGCACAAGGCUAAAGCCGAAGCGCACUCGAUUGCUCACAAGUCUCACGAGGCCGCAGAAUCCGCAGCCGACAAGGGUGCUUCGGCAACAGAGAAGGCCAAGGAGAAAGCGCGGGAAGCUGCCGAAGUGCUGAAGGAGAAGUCCGAACAUGCAGCCAGUGCCGUUCGUGAAGCCUCUAAGAGCGCGGCCGAGCUCAUCAAGGAAACCGCCAAGGAAGUGCACGAAAAGGGCAAGGAGAAAAUCGAAGCGCUUCGGCAUCACGGCAAGCACGAGGAAUCAUCCGAAGAGGGAAAAUCGGCCGAGGAGCGAAAAUCAGCCGAAGCCGUCGCCUCGGGACACGCUCACUCCGAAUCGGCGAGCAAGCACUCGAAACACUCGCAUCACGAAGAGCCGAAGCGAUCCGAAGCAAAGCCGCACGACGCUGGCAAGGAACACACGGUGUACACCACCAUCAUCGACGUCAACGCGGCGGCCGCAGGCGAGAGUAUGCUCGCGGCUAAAACGGUCGCCAUGAAGAACGACGCCAAGGAGGGGGACGGCACGUGCGAGCUGAACUUCAACAAGCCCGCCAAGGACGGACCCCAGGAGGCGGCCGAGACGUCGCCCAAGGCGGUGUCCCAGGAGGCGCUAGAUUCGGCCAAGACCGAAGCCGAGCUCCUGGUCGAGCGGGUAAUAUCGUCAGUCGUCGGAGCCUCGGAAUCGUUGAAGCACUCGCCGGACGACUGCGCCAACUCCGAGAAGGACCGAUUGGAGAAGCUCAAGGAGAUGGCGCAGCAGGAGUUCGCCUUGUGCCAGGAGAAGGCCCAUCACCUGCUGAGCGACGUCAGCUCUGCCGUCUCAACGGCAGCCACUUCCGUCGCGGCCAAGUCGGCGGAGAUAUACGACGCCACCAAGAGCAAGGCUCACGACUUGUCCGAACAGGUCACGGCGAAGGCGUCUGACACGGCCGAAUCCCUCAAGCACGGCAUGCACACGCUACAGGAGCAGCCCAUGGAGCUUCCGCAGCUCAUCUUGCACAAGUCGCACGUGCCGUCCGGCGGCGAGACCACCUCUGGUGGCUGCAGCACUGUGCCUGAGGUCCCCCACGAACAAGCGCCGCUGCUCCAAGCAGACACCCAGCGAGAGACGCCCGGAGAUGGACUUAGGUUAAGUCCGAGCCCGAAGCCGGAAGAUAUCGAGUCAGCCGUCGUCAAAAUUCAAGCUGGCGUGCGGGGUUACCUCACCAGGAAGAACCUGCAGUCCCGGACGCAACAAGACGGCGAGGCUUCGCAGGCGACGGGAAAUGCCAACCAGGAGGAGCUGUCAGCGGCGGCGGCGUCCAACGGUGCUAGCGAGCCGUCAGACACUGAAGCGGCGGCGACCAAAAUUCAGGCCGCCUUCCGGGGCUACAUGGUCCGCAAGGAGCUCAAACCCGACAAUGGACCCGGAAGCGGCGCAACCGGACACAAGGAGGAACUCAUCGAGUCGCGCUAGUUUCCCCCACCAGGGCGGCGCUAGCUGCAGAUCGCCGUGCGCGCGCAGCUCAAAAUUUUCCCGAAUCGCGAUCGUAAAAAGCCCGAAACAAGUGCCUUCUGUAAGCACUUAUAUUCCUUCCCUCUUAUUUUGAGUACGCGUGGAAGAAGAAAAAAAAAGAGAUGAAAUGCGCUGAGAGUGUGUAUAUUAUAUAUUGCGGCGUGUUUUUGUUUGAAUGUACAGAGUUUAGCGAGGGGAGUUCGUCUCUUUUUUUACCAAGCGUUCUUGCUACUCGCGCCACGGGCGCUUGGUGCAUAGACCGUUUUAGCUUACGUUCGUGCUUAGGGGCGUUGUUAUCUUGGAGUUAUUCAUCUCGCGCGCGAUUAUCGAUAUAUUUUGUACGACCGCUUCGCUGUUUUGGCGAAGUGUCUGUAACGUGCUGUGUGUUGGGCAGACCCCUCGUAUCAACAAUACACGACGACACUCCGCAGCCUGUGGCUGAAAUGGUGUAUAUGCAAUGAUUCCGUGCCCGCCAUCAACGUGGCGUCGGCUUCGAAGUCGCCAUUGUUCUUUUUUUAUAUAUGUGUACUAGCGGCCGCUGUUCUUUUAUUAGGUUAUUAUAACGAGCAUUUAUAAGUUAUAAUUUAUCGGUAGCCGGAUCCGGGAUAGCUUGAAGCGUUAACCAAAAAGGGGAUGCACUGCCUGUAGUUUUUAUAAGCGUCCGUGUGCAUGUACGCCUUUUACACAUGAGCGUCGCGUCUGUUGUAACGGCGUGUGCGUCAUGCGUGGGAUGUCGCGCUGUUUUCAGCACCAGCGAGUUUUCGUCUGUGUGUGCCUUACAUUGCCACUUGUUACGAUGAACACGUGAGUGUGAGAGUGAGUAAAAGUUUUACCGCGA